AUGACGUGGAAACAAGCUGGCGUUAGUGGUGCUGGACGCAGCGUGUUCUGGAUCGCGAUGAACUUUCCGUUCAGCCUCCCUUCGAUGUUUCAGCAGCAAACCAUCCAGUCCGCCAUCGACUCGGCCAGCCCCGGCGACACCAUCACCGUGGCCAAGGGCACCUACGCUGAGCAGAUCCUCAUCACCAAGAACGGCAUCAAGCUCGUCGGCCAGAAUGGCGCCACCAUCGUGCCACCUCCCACAGCCGUGACCAACGGCUGCUCCGGCCUGGCGGGCCCUCUGCCCCCGCCGGCCACCAGCGGCGACACCCAGGCCGGCAUCUGCAUCCUCGGCGCCGGCGUCGUCCUCGGCGACUGGCCCGGGUCCGAGCACCGCAAGAUCGCGUCGUACGGCGCCCCCGUCGAGGACGUCCAGGUCAAGGGCUUCACGAUCCGCGGCUUCAGCGGGCUCAACGUCGCCGUCGUCAACGCCAAGAACGCCGAGGUGCGCGAGAACACCCUCACUGACGGCGGCGCGUACGGCUCGCUCACCGUCGGGUCCGUCGGCACCGUGGUGACGCGCAACACGGUCAACUCGUCGGCCCUGUCCUUCAUCGGCAUCUGCAUGGACGACCGGUCCGACGUGCGCGUGUCGGCCAACACCAUCUCCGAGAUGGUCAUCGGGCUGUGUGUGCAGACGGACGGCGCCGACGUCAGGGGAAACACGGUGCGCAACUGCUGCGUCGGCGCCUUUGUCGACCCGGGCAUCAGGGGCGCCAGCCUGACGCACAACCAGAUCGGGCCCACGAACCCCUUCUGCACCUUUGGUUUCGUGUCGGGCAUCCGCAUCGCCGGCGCCGUCAGCACAAACGCCCAGCACAACACCAUCACGGGCCAGACCGACUUCAACUUCCCCGACGGCCACGGGCCCAGCCAGAGCUUCGGCGCCGGCAUCGCCGUCUACGACUUUGACGCCAAGGGGGCCAAGGCGACUGGCAACGUCGUCGACUUCAAUAAGCUGUCUGGGAACGACAUCGAUAUCGACACGGCUUUUACAGGCACCAACGAGAUCAAACACAACACCUGCACGACGCCCAGUACCCUGUGCAGCAAACAGUAG